ACAUGUACAUAUUUUUAUAGUUUUGUUGUUAUAUGAACUUAUAUUGGAUGAUAAGAUAUGGCAAGUCAAAGAAUCACUUUAAAUAUUAAUUAAUGUGAAUUUUAAAUGUCUUUUGAUUAAAAUAUUUUAUAUUUUAUGAAAAAAUUUAUAUAAUAAUGGAAAUAUCACGUUUACAACCUUGUAUUCAAUUACAACUUUCAAAAGAAGAAUUAGAAAGUAUUAUAGAUAAAGCUAAAGAUUGGGCACUUAUGCAUGGUAUAAGUAUGCGAUCAAAAGUAUCUUUUAAUAAAAAUCAAGUGCAAGUUUUACCAUUUACUUUAUUACCAUCAACCUUUCCUAGAAAAAAUUUUGAGAAAGCUAAGAAUAUUCAAAUAUUAUUGAAUGAAUUGAUUCAUAAAGUGGCACAUAAUAAUGAUUUUUUAACAGAAAGCUUAAAAAGUACAAUUGAUGCAGAUCCAUUUACAGCAAAAUUAUUUAAUAUAUAUGAAACUGUAUAUAAAGAAGGAUUUAGUCAAACAUUAAGUCUUGGAUUAUUUCGAUCAGAUUAUAUGUUACAUGAAAAUCAGAUUAAACAAGUUGAAUUAAAUACUAUUGCAAGCAGUUUUGGAGGAAUAGUUACUAUUACUUCUCAAUAUCACAAAUUUAUUUUAUCAGAAUUAGGACAUAUAGAUAAAAUAAAGAAUAUUCCAGAAAAUAAUCCAAUUAAUGGACUUUGUAAAGGUUUAAUACAUGCAUGGAAAUUAUAUGGUAAUAAAAAGGCUGUAAUAUUAUUUAUUGUUGAAAAUAUUACUUAUAAUAUAUGUGACCAAAGGUUUCAUGAAUUUGAAAUUUCUAAAAUUAAUCCUUAUAUUAAGAUAAUCAGAAGAAGUUUAAAAGAUUUAGUAUCUGAAGCAAAAUUAGGAUCAAAUAAGCAAUUAAUAGUUGGAAAUUUAGAAGUUUCUGUAGUUUAUUUUCGUUCGGGUUAUGAAGUUGAAGCUUAUCCUACUGAACGAGAAUGGCAAGUUAGAUUAUUAAUAGAACGUUCUCAAGCAAUAAAAUGUCCAUCAAUCCAUUAUCAUCUCGCUGGUACUAAGAAGGUACAACAAUCUUUGGCUUAUCCUAAUGCACUCAAUAUAUUUUUAAAAGAUACUAAUAAAAUAAAACAAAUACAAGAAGUAUAUGCUGGACUUUAUUCUUUAGAAUUUAAUAAUGAAGCAGAAGAAAUAAUUAAUAAUGCUAUAACAAACCCAAAAAAAUAUGUAUUAAAACCACAAAGAGAAGGAGGUGGAAACAAUAUUUAUAAUGAAGAUAUAAAAUUGCAUUUCGAAUCUAUGAAAAAUUCAAAAGAAAGAACAGCUUGGAUAUUAAUGGAUCGUUUUUAUCCUCCUGUACAAAAUAAUUAUAUUGUACGUGUUCAUAAUGAGCCUUUUGAAGAUAAUCAAUUACACUUUUCUGAUGUUGUAUCAGAACUUGGUAUUUACGGGAUUAUUAUUGGAAAUCAUAAUAAUAUCAUACAUAAUGAAGAAGUAGGACAUGUUCUGAGAACAAAACCAUCAAAUGAAAAUGAAGGUGGAAUAGCAGCUGGAAUUGGUGCUAUUGAUAGUCCAUAUCUCAUUGAUUAAUAUAAAAAAAUAUUUAUAUUUUAAUUAUAAAAGUACAAAAAAUUUAUAUUUUAAAUUUAUAUUUUUAUCGAAAAUAAUUUUAAUAAAGAAUGUUGAACAAUAA